GAACGACAGGUUUGUUUGGGGAAAAGUGAGGCCCAUGUCCGAUGAUGUCCCCAUUACUUCACGGGGCUUCUUUCAGAUGCCGAGAUUGGAUCCAUGCAUCGACAGAUAUUCCCUGGCAUAUUCGAGGACUAUCAUAAUCUACGUCCCCUGCGAGGCGCGGCCGAACUGUUGGCUUAUGAUGAAGACUGGCCUAUGUUGUACGACAAAGAGGCCCCGAAAAAGAACCAAGUAAAAGUAUGUCUUGUGCAACAGGCAACAUCUGUCAUCGGCAACGUGGAACAACUCAUCACCAAUCAGAGUUUCCAUGACGGUAUACGCAAGCACAUGGAAAGCAUUUUAACUGCCCUUUUUGAGCUGUCUAAACGGGAGCGCCUGCGCGAUUAGAACAAAUUUCCCUGAAGCAACGAGUAGCCUGUGAUGUGGCAUUUUGGGAUCGAGAUAGUAUAGGGAUGAUCUUUGCUGCUGGAUUGAUGGAAUCUACAGCCAUUGCGUAAAAGCUAUCUUUACUCGUACUGAACGGCAGUUCAGGAAUC